AUGAAUAUUGAACCCCUCGGGUACACAGCCAAGUCAGCCCAUGUCCAAGGGGUACUCUCCGGGUAUUCCAUCGACAAAAGUGCUCGUUAGAAAAAAAUAACGCGGAAAAAAACCAACAAAGGUGCUAUAAUCCCGUUUUUGGCGUGUGGCUUGAAGGGUAUUUAACCCAUUUUUUUUUGGUCCUUCAUUGAGUGUAUUUAAUAGUUCUGAAGUUCAAAAAUGUGUCCUCGAAAUAACUUGUUUCAAUUUUGGACAUCGAAAAAAUGGGGUCCGAGCCAAGCUGAUGACGCCUCAUGUCAUCAGUUGAUUUGCUUACCUUUUGUGGACGUUUUCGAUUCAAGUCAUUUAUUCAGUUGGAUUUUCCUUGUUUGUUCUGUGGCCCAAAAAUGUCCAUUGAUUCAGAAUUAAGUAAUUCAACUGGCUCUAAGGAAAGUACCGAUAUAGGCCAAGAUUCUAAAGAUAAUUCUGGGAGUCGUUCGUAAUCUGAAAUUUUGCAGUAUCAAUUAACCAAUUCUAAAACAGAAAAGUGAUUUACACUCGACCGGUAUUUGGUUAAUACAUGUCACGUGAUGGUGAACACGCCCUGUGAUUGGCUUGAGCAAUAGAGGAUAAUAGGACUCUAACCGUCAGAGUGAUUACCAAGCACGACCACCGCGGUGUUUUGACAUGACGACUCGUUCUAACUAUACCGCAAACAUCGCGGCUAACCUCGCUCCUAACUCAGAAAUGUCAACCACUAGAAAUCUCCUGGUUUCUUCGUGGAAGAGAAAGGCUCUUGUUGCAGGUCGUGAGGCUAAACCAUCUCAAGACCCAAUGAUGGGACAGAGAAUUAACUCUGCGGUGAAAAUUCAAGUGCUAUAGAUAGCCCUGAGCGUUUGCCCUAGCAAAGGCCUAGGGAAUUAGGAGGAUGACAUGAAGUAAAGACAAAAAAGACUUUUCAGAUCGGUGGGAUUCGAAACACACGAGCUCCAGAUUAGAUCUACCGUCAGUUGCUCUGCCGAAAAUGCCACGAGGCCUCGCUCCCAGGGUUUUUCCCUUUCCUCAGGGAAAAGCCCUGGAUAGGAAGGAAUGAAGACCGGGUAACAUGUACUCUUCUAAUGCUUUCGUUGUCAACCCAUGACCAUGUCAUAGAGUCCAGCAUGCCGUUUAACAGUUUUGUUAAGGUAGAAGUAGGCACUGAGACAGUUAUCGAAAACACUGAGACAGUUAGUCCGCUUAAAAGCUUAGCCCACUGAUCAUGAAGUUCAGUCCUUCGCCAUUCAACACUUUUUUCCAAAACCUUUUCUGAAAUUUUAUAAACUGAGAAAUAAGAUUUUUCGUGAGUUUCUUUCAUGUUUCAGAACAUUCUGUUUUUUGAAAGAAAUCACAGUCAAAUGCCUCACAAGUUGUACCACGGAUAAUGUGUUUUUGUUUAUAGUUAGUAAUUACAAGGACAAGUGUGUCUGUUCUUUUUUUUUCCUCUUUCGAAAGCUCUGUCUUGGAAUAUCACGGCAGGGAAAAAACACGAAAACACUCAACCUCAAACAACUGCCUAAACACACAAUAUACAACACAGAACAUAAACUAAAACUUAUAUAAAAAGUUACUUCAUCAUCAGGAUACAGACAUUGCCUACUGUUUGUUAACUUUUCGGCGCUAAAUCAGGUUCAAAAUAUUGGUGUCGUGAAAAUGCAAACGUCAGCAUCACACGGACUUUGACCCUCCAGAAACUGAAAGUUAAGUUGAUUUUUUUUCUGCGUAUUUACUUUGGAGACAGUGUUUCAAGGGCCGGAAACUGAAGACUUCAGUUCCACUAAAAUCAAAAUGACGUCAGGUAGGUCAAAUUCUCGUAGACGGAUUUAUACUCUCGUCGCUCGUCGAAGUACUGAUAUUGCUGCGUAUAGUUUUAUUUUGAUGAAAUUUAAAUCACACAUCUCCUUUUCGGUAUGAAAGUAUAUAGGAUUCAAAAUAUGCCCCUUUUCCUGAUCCCCGUGAGGAGUGAGGUUUCCCCAAAAAGGGUACCUUCCUGUUAAAGGGACAGGUUCACGGUUCAGCGCAUGCUCAUUUUUCCAAUUUAUUAUUAAUUAUAUCGCUUACAUGUAUCUCAGCGAUCUCUGAGUGUAUUUCAAAGUAGAAGUGUAUUUCAGAGUAACCUGAAGCGGGAUGAUGGAGGAGUGCUAAAAUCGCAGGAAAAUUAGUGGAUUAUGCCAACACUACCAACGUUGAAUUUAUUGUUGACCCGAAGGUUUUAUGCUAUGGUUGAUUGAUUUAUAGCUAUUUGCGCCAAAGUUGAUCAAGUGACUGCCAGGAAAGUGUACAGAUUGGUUGUUUGACAACAUUAUGACAUGAUCAUAUUGCUUUCAUAGAGGAUACAGCAUGUACCAGUAGAAAAACAACAUUUUGAUUAACGAGCAUGCGCUGAACGGUGAACUUGUCCUUUUAAUAAUGUAUAUGAGCUGGUAAGCGGUUAGACCUUAGGGUGGAGCCUCCCCGAAAAUAAAACUUGGUCGAGUUAGCUCCCAAGGUUCUUAAUGAAUGUUCCACUGGGCCUAAGCUUUUCGUGUUAACAAGCACGUCGUCUGAAUUGCUCUUUCGAAGGUGAAGGGUCAGGAGUCAGAUGAAAAUAAUCGCAUUUUUUCACAUCCACUCCCGAAGAUAGACAUGUUGAAGGGCGUAUUUAAAAUACACGACUCUUGUUUUGUCCUAUCUCGUCUAAUUUAAACUCGAACCCGGAGGCGCAUAUCACUCAAACGGGGGCAAGUAGGAGCCGGGUUUUGUUUUUCUUCUUUUUUUAUUGACAUGGGGAUGUGUUUAUGACUUCAGUCUCAAGUUUUAGUCCAUUAUUGAUCACAUCUUCCCCACUCCACCCUUGAACAAAGAGGCACUCCAACCAGGGUGGUCAUCGUAAGGGUGUUGUCACGUCCUCUGUUGUGGUCACACAACCGCUGGGGGUUAAAGGUAAAAAACAAUCGAUCAAUAGAUAAAUAAAGUAAGAUAUGAAAAAUAAAAGAGCUGAGAUGAAUACAUUACAACUGUCAAAACCUGAAAUGCCUUACAACAAUAGAGUCAAUCAUGAACGCCAUAACGGCUCACGAGCGUUCAUACCAAUAGCGAAGUACCGUAUUUAUUCGAAUAAGCGCCAAACCUCGAAGUAGCGCCCACCUCGAAUAAGCGCCCAUCCUAAAAGCAGAAAACUUUAGUAAGUGCUCAGCCUCGAAUAAGCGCCCACCAACGCCCUACCCCCUCCACUCCCACUCAAAAUUAAAUAAGCACCCGCCCCCUUCCCCCUCCCACCUAAAUGCAGGAAACAUGCGUGCCCCACCACGUCGCGAAAUCGUGCAAUGGAUUCUUGACACCUGGGAUAGUUUGGAUAGAGAUCCUUUUAUUCGUUCUUUCAGAAGCUGCGACUGUGGCUCCUGACAGUCAUUAAGAUAACCAAAUUCACGUCCUAAAGGAGGGUCAGCCUUGUCAUACGAGUCUAGAUCGCCUAACAUCCAUCCAGCAAGGUUUAUCUGCUUUCCUGGCGACUAACCCAUUUGCCCACGUUACGAUGCCAGACAUCGAGGAGGCAGCAAAAAGGAAUUUUAAAUCACUUAUUGACUUGAGUGACAACGAGAUUGAAAUUGAAUCUGAAUAA